AUGCUAGGAUUAAAAUCACGGAUCAAAUUCACAUUUUUCUAUCAGUUUGCGAUCUGCCGAAGUAUUUUGGCCGGCGGCGAUACGUGCUCCGCCAACGACGUCUGCACUAGGAACAUGUCGUAUCCUCGGACUAUAUGGGUUGUGCGGCACGCAGAGAGGGAGGACAAUAUAAACAGAAAAUGGAGGUCUCUUCCUGGUGCAGACGGGUUAGCUAGCGACAACAGCAUGUUGAGUGAAAGAGGACGAACACAAGCAAAGGAAUGCGCUGUAAGAUUCAGCAAAGUCAAUCUGAACCAUGUUUUCGCCUCUCCAUACGACAGAACUAUCGAAACCGCCUCUAUCAUCGUGGGUGACAAAGGAUUGUUAGUAAAACCAGAGCCAGGAUUGUGUGAAGGUUUGUACAUGUGCGAAAACCCGCCAGGAUUCUGGGAGCCUGAGAAAUUGAAGGAGAAAUUUCCCUUAGUGGACACUGAUUAUAUUUCUGUUUUCUCAAAGCAUACAUUACCGAAGGAAGGUUUUGGAGAUGAUGCAUGCAUACCACGUGUGCGAACUACCCUGAAUCGUAUAACAGAGAAAUAUGACGGUGAUCUUAUGUUAGUCAGCCAUGGCGCUCCCAUCGGUGCAAUCCACGAAAUAUGGAUGGGAGACUUUAAGUACGUAGGUCAAGCGACAGUUACAAAGUUCGUCGAGGUCGAUAAAGGAAAAAUCCGCAUGGAAUUCAGUAGCGAUGCUAGUCACCUGUCUGAUAAACGAAAUCUACGCCCGUGGUAG